UAGAAAAUAAUAAUUCUUCAUGGUAUCGGCUCUUCCUCCUUCUCAUUCGCAGGUUCUCUCUCGGUGAUUUUCUCACCGGAAAAUCGUCCCCCUCCAGCGCCGAUGACUCGGAAUGGUUCCAACUUGACGCCCUCAUACAAGGUUGGAUCCUCUCCACGGUCAAUGAUGAAAUUUGUGAUCUUGUUCUCUCUACAACCAACUCCGCAUCCGAGCUUUGGAAAGCCAUCUAUAACAUCUUCCACGACAACAAGCCGGCCUGGGCGAUGCAACUUGAGCACCAAUUCCGCACCACCACGAAGGGUUCUCUCUCCUUUGCCGCUUAUUGUCAAACCCUCCGGAAUCUUGCGGAUUGGUUGGAUGAUGUAGAUGCCCCCGUCUCCGAACAACAAUUGGUUCUUCAAGUCUUGCGUGGUCUCCCGGAUGAUCUUCGAGGACAAACGUCGUUCCUUCAAUACCAAAUGCCGCCCCCGACCUUUCUUCAAACCCGUUCGGCCCUCCUCUUAAUUGAACAACAACGGGCUGAACUGGGUGUCAGCAGCAACACGGGGGACGGCGGCACGGCGUUAUACGCCGGCAGUGGAGGUCCACGGUGGCAGGGCAGCGCUGGUGGCGGGCAGUCAGAAUCCAGCGGCGGGGGAGGCUUCGGGCAGCAACAGCAGCAUUCCCGGCAUCAUGGCGGUUCCUCUCGGGUUCUCACAGCCUCCUCCACUGCUCUCCUCACCCGCCUUACUCAAAAACUUAAGGGAGAGUUCGCCAUGACAGACAUGGGGGACCUCAAUUUUUUCCUUGGGAUCAAUGUUCAACGCACUGGCAGCGGCCUCUUUCUUCACCAGACACAGUUUGCCCAUGAAAUCCUGGAACGUGCUGACAUGCUCCACUGCAAGCCCAUUUCUACACCAGUCGACACCAAAGCAAAGCUGUCAGCCACGUCCGGAACACCACUUCCGGACCCCUCUAUAUACAGAUCCAUCAUCGGCGCCUUACAGUAUCUUAGUUGGGUGCAUGGCGGCAACGACGGCGGGAGGGUUGUUUCCGUCAAGGGGUUCUCCCUGAGCGACGACCCAUCUGACCUCAACGACGUAUUUCUGCUGGCCGGCGGCGCCCAAAUUGUUGAGUCCAUUGCAAACCUCGAGAGACUGUGAGAAGACGAUGACGUCUAGAUUCCUGGCGGAGGCGAAGACGUGUUCAAGAUCGUCGAUUCUGACAAGCAACGGUGUUGAAGAGCUGGUCGGUGCAUUCGUAGGUGAGGAAGCUUGAGGGAGGAGCUUGAGGAAGCUCUGUUGGAGGGAGGAGCUUGAGAAGGGGGUGGGAGGGGAAGAAGAAAAAAAGAAAUGGGGUAAAAUUGA